AUGGUCGAUAAUACAGUCACGGGCGAAGUCGGCGAAGAAAUGGAAGCGUCUUUGUUGUUGUCAACAGACAUUGAACGCUUGAAGAAGCAAAAGCGAGUGAUAAAAACUCAAACUUCGAAGCUUUAUACGAAACUUUUAAGAUUAAUGUCCAACGAGAAAUGUGAGAGUGAUGAAUUAUUGCAAGGGCUAGACGCGUACGAAGAGAAGCAGCAGGAGACGUUGACAAUUAUCGAGGAACUAAUCCUAGCGUACAAAAAAGCCGGCUUUGGGCAGCUUUUUCAGCAAUCGUGGACGAGACAAGUGCACUUUCGAAACACAAAAUGUUAA